GUGCCCAGGGCAUGAGGGAAGAGGAUAGAGCGGGAAGAAGCUGGAGAAGCCGGAGGCAGGUGGGAGAGGAGCAGAAAAGGAAGUAGCAGGAGAUCUGUGAGGAAGUACAGCAGGUCCUGGGAUGGGCCCUUCUUCUUGUCCUGACUCAAUUCCCAGGGUCUAGCUAGGGUAGAUGGAAACUCAGCCGAGCCUCAGGGCCUCAGAUCUGCAUACACAGCCACACCCCCAUGGGGACAAGUGAACACAGCCACCAAUGUGGGUGGGGGUCUUCCCUCACACCGCUACAGGAAGGCUUACCUGCAGACCAGAACCCCCAGUGAACGGGGCAGGUACCCCAGGGCUUCACACAGUCUUGCGGGCACACCCCUACAGGCACUGGUCCACGUGCACCUGUUACGUGCUCACUGUGGGCCCUCGCUGGGAGUGUAGCUACAGACACCUGGGGAAGUUGGGGAGGGGACUGUGGUUGUCACGCCUGGGCUCCUGGCCCUCCCCAAGGGGCUGGUCGGUUUGUAGGAAGGGAAGGAUGGUGUCACAGCCUUCCGGGCCAUUGCACCACAGGCCCCUUCCGACCACGUGGCUGCCGGUGCCUGAGGGUGGGGGCCAGCGAGCUGGAACUGUGCUAGUCUACCCUCACCCCCACAACCUUCUUGGGGAGUCUCGGUGUCCCUGGAGUGUCCGUGUGUGGGGGUUUCUUGACUGAGGGGCAGGAAGGUCAAGGAGAGUUCUGGGCAUGUGUGACCUGGGCAGGACUUUCUCUGGCACAUACUUAACCUUUCAGUAGACUGGGUAUCAGCACUGGCAGGCCCUGUGGGUGGAGAGUGCCUUCCCUAGCUCUGUGAACAGAACUCAGGUGACCUGAUGCCCAAGGCUGCACCCAGGGCCACUCCAUCCGUCCUACAUGGAAUGUUAAGGUCUGUAUGGGAGUCAGGGACUUGACCAGUCAGUCUUAGGUCUAGACCAACCCUCGUGUGAGGCCAGACGUCUCAUAGUGGACUCAUCGCCUCGGCCCGUGCCCCAAGGUCAGGACAGGGAUGUUGUGUGCAAACACCCAGCUUCCGUGCUUGGUAAUUGCACCACCCCCUCACCCUGUUUGGUCUGUGUGGUGACUCACUGGGAAGGUGGCAGCCUCAGGGGGUGUCCUGUGCAGACCUAGUGCCUGCUGCAUGCCCAGCUCUUGCUCUGAGCUGCACCCCCAGGCAUAAGGGCUGUACAUGCCACAAGUCAGGUAAACAUACCCUUCCUUCUCUGCCCCAGGUCUGGCCCUCAGUCUCCUGUUCCUGAGCAUGGCACAGGCCAUACGCGGCUGCUCCAGCUCUUCCCCACAGCUCCUCAGCCAGCUGCAGAAUCAGGCGAACAUCACGGGGAACACGGGAUCACUCAUGGAGCCCUAUAUUCUCCUCCAAAGGCUGAACACAUCUGCCCUCAGAGCUGCCUGUACAGAGUACCCUGUGACCUUCCCGAGUGAGGACACCCUGCGGGCACUGAGCAAGCCUCGCUUCCUGAACACUGUCCACGCCACACUGGGCAGAGUCUGGCGCCAACUGGGUGCUUUAAGACAGCAAUUUACGAAGAUUGAAGCUUUUCCAGAGCUGGAGAGGGCCAGGCAGAACAUCCAAGGCAUCAGAAACAAUGUCUACUGCAUGUCGCAGCUGCUCCACCAUACCCUGGAGAUACCCGAGCCCACACAGGCCGGUUCUGGGACCUCACCGUACACUUCCACAACACCAAGCGUUUUCCAGGCCAAGCUAGACAGCUGCCGCUUCCUGUGGGGCUACCACUGCUUCAUGAGCUCAGUGGGGAGGGUCUUCAGGGAGUGGGGAGAUGGCUCCAGCCGCAGCCGGAGACACAGCCCGAGACACAGCCCGCUCCAGGCCUGGCGCAAGGGAGCCCGCAGAAUCAGACCCUCCAGGAGCAGCCAGAGCCCCAUGUCCAGGGUCCAGGUGCCCCGGUAGCCUGAGGACACAUUGAUGGACACGGCAUAGUCUGUGGAUGCGGGAUGUCACCUCUCAGAGGCUUUCCGAGAUGCUCCUGCAUUCAGAGCUGUGCAGAACAGCACUUUAAGGCGUGGCGUUGGGUGGCCCCUCCCACCACGGCUGGACUGUGAGGAUAGUCAGGUUGUGGUGUCCUGCUCCAAGCCUCCAGUCCGAGUGGGGCGUCUGGGUCAGGCCACGUGGGGACUGCUUUCCAUUGAUUCAGGGGUCUGAUGACACAAGCUGACUCACGGCUGGGCUGAACCCCCAGGCUGUUGGUCCUUUCCUCUCAUGACUUGAAGCCGUUGCCUCCAGACUUCCUCCUUUCCCUGUGGCUGGGUUCCAAAGGCAAGGUCAGCUCCAGGGCUCUCUCCUGUGCCUCAUCCCAUUCAGACCAGACACCUGGACGUCUGGGAGACCUCACGUUUGACAGUUGCGACAGGGGCAGGGUGUCCUAAAAGGAGCACUGAUCUAGGAGUUCAAGGGAAGAGAGCUCAGAACUCUGAGUCUCUGCGUGACUGUGGGCAGGACACUUUAUGUAUCCGAACGUCAGUCAGCGUUCUCUGUGGAAAGCUGUGUCGUGUGGUUGUGUGUGUGUGUCCUUAUGUAAGGCCCCUCCGCCUGUCAGCUACUGGACUCUGUGGCAUAAGGAGGACAUCAAAGUCUCUGUAAAUGGGAACAUACGGUGCAAACGGUCGUGGGGUGGGUUUAUGGGAGAUCUCCCAGAGCCUGUAAGCCCCAUCUUGGGUCCUCGCUGCUUGUUGCUCCCUCUGGUGGUGUAUUGUGGAAUUUUCACACGCUGAACCGGUCCUCCUGGAAGGGGACUCAAAAGCUGAAGAGCAAUUACUUGGAGGGACAUGACUAAUUUAUUGAUUUUUUAUCAGUUUUUAA